AUGAGUUUCCUUUCGGCCGUCAGACUUAUAGGACCAGCCCUGGGAUACCUACUGUCCUCCCUAUAUGAUCCAGAGCCCACUGACCCUCGUUAUGUGGGAGCAUGGUGGAUUGGAUUUUUAAUAACGGGUACAACGCUAACCAUUGCAACACUUCCGAUGUUUUUAUUCCCUAAAGAACUCAAGAAGACAAUUGAAAACAUGGGAAAGUUAGCUGCCCUCAAACGUAUGGUCAGUAACCCAUUCCUAAUGUUACAUAUGUUGGGCGAUACACUACGAUAUAUGGGAACAUCCGGGUUCUUUAUGUUCAAGGCCAAGUACGUUGAGUCCCAUUUCCGAGUGUCCAGUUCCAGUGCCAGCCUAUUGACGGGAACCUCAUCUAUAUUUCCGAUGGCUAUAGGGUGUUUGUUAGGCGGGGCGAUGAUUAGCAGGUUUAAACCGCGACCCCGCACCCUGGUCACCUUUAUAUUUUUGGUGGGAAUAUUCUCGGCCGCAGGUGUGUUCACCGCUAUGUUUAUGUCGUGCCCGUCCCUACACAUGGGACCUAUACUUUUGCAAAAUGGUUCAAUGACUAAGAACUGUAAUCAGGGUUGUGAUUGUACUACCAGUGUAUUCACACCGGUAUGCUCGGCAGACCAGUCCACCACAUAUUUCUCACCAUGUUUUGCUGGAUGUCAUCAAAUGGACAAAAAUAACAAUACAUUAUCGGAGUGUUCAUGUAUUAGACAGUUAGAAGGAAUGCCUACAACUGGUUACUGCAAAAAGGAUGUUAAUAACUGCGACCAUAAACUAUACCCAUACCUAAUUGCGCUAACCAUUGGACAAAUAAUAUCGUCCACCGCAUGGACGGGUAGUAUGUUAUUCACUAUUAGGAGUGUCGAUGAGGAUGAUAAGAGCCUUGCGUACGGCAUCACCCUCUCAUUUAUGGCCCUUUUUGGUUUCAUUCCGUAUCCGAUAAUAUUCGGUGCAAUCACAGACUCGGCGUGUUUAGUGUGGGAGAGUAAGUGUGGUAAGAGGGGUAACUGUUGGAUAUAUGAUCAGGACAAGUUUAGGUAUCGGUUUCACGGGACUGCCGUUGCGUUUAUGACUGUUGGCUCACUCAUAGACUUCGGGAAGAUUUUUCUGACCAAAUAUAUUAAAGACUUUUAUGACGACCCCGUCGCUGAUGAUAGUAAUGAACCCACAAAUACUAGUAAAGAAAAUAAUAUAAUUAUGACUACAACUACCCAUUUGGAAAGGUCGGACAAUGCUGACGAUGAUGACCCAUACCUCAACACGUGUGGUAUGGGCUCGUGGCGACCCAAAUGGCUACAGGUGUUCGUGAGCCCCACCUAUUUUAUCAUCAAUUUCGCAGUGAUCGGUAUAAUACAGAACUUUACCGCAACUUAUUUCAUCGCAUCCAUGAGUACUCUGGAGAAGCGGUUUGCCUUCGACUCCAAGAUAUCG